UCCGAAAGAAGAGAACUGAGCUUCUGACUCCUGAGAAGUACUGAAGAACGGAAGAAGAACUGAAGUUUCGAACAAUAUCUUUUGCCCUAUUCGAACAGAUAUACAAAGAGACGAGAACCGUGAUUGAAAGCCAGAUCCCCCUACAUAUCCCAAUGCUCAGGAUAGUGAAGCAUCUUCGGCACAUCAAUCGAUCUUUGGUGAGAUGUGGGCUUCCUGUGCCAUCUCCGCAGCUCACUGAGGGUCUUCAGCAUCAGCAGUUUCCGUGCUUUCAACAGUCGUUGACGAUUUAUCAAAGAUAUCUAUUUUCAACAAGUACCACUGCUUCUACAAAUCAAGGAGAACCAAAAUCAAAAACCUCGGAAAAUGGUGAUUCUGGUGAAGGGAGCAAGUCCAGCGAAUCACAUGAAAGUGGCGAUGCUGGAAAAUCUGUUCGUGGAGGGCCUGUUUCAUGGUUGAGCUUUUUGUUGCUCGUAUUAACUGGAGCAGGAGUCAUCCUCUACUAUGACAAGGAAAAGAGACAGCAUCUUCAAGACAUAUUUAAUGCAUCCAAGGAGGUAAAGCAAGGACCAUCAGCGGGAGUAGCUGCCAUUGGAGGUCCAUUCAAACUUAUCAACCAUGAUGGGAAGCCCGUAACUGAAAAAGACUUUUUGGGGAAGUGGACGUUGAUAUACUUUGGUUUCACUCACUGCCCUGAUAUCUGCCCAGAUGAGUUACAGAAGCUAGCUGCCGCAGUUGAUAAAAUAAAGGACAAGGCAGGGAUUGAGAUAGUCCCCGUGUUCAUCUCUGUUGAUCCUGAAAGAGAUACAGUUGAGCAAGUCCGUGAAUAUGUCAAAGAGUUUCAUCCAAGGUUAAUUGGGUUAACUGGUAACUCGGAUGAGAUAGGCAGUGUGGCCCGUGCCUAUCGUGUAUAUUAUAUGAAGACAACAGAAGAAGAUUCAGAUUAUCUUGUUGAUCAUUCCAUAGUCAUGUACUUGAUGAGCCCUAGCAUGGACUUUGUUAAAUUUUUUGGGAAGAACAAUGAUGUUAAUUCACUUGCUGAUGGGAUAAUGAAAGAGAUAAAGCAGUACAAGAAAUAGAGGCACAGACAUACUUUCUGUUCCUUCCCAACUAUGACAUUUGUACACUUAAUAAUUUAUCUUGAGUCCAGUGGUCAUUCUGUUAUUUCUUGAUAUUACCAAUUCUGGUUAUAGCUUACAACAGUAUGUCGAUUAGUGGGCAUGAUAGCGAGUUAGUGACUAUGAAUUGAAAGGAUCAACGUGUGAAGAUCUUAUGUUGGAACUUAUGAGUUGUUCCAACAGGGUUUUGGCUUCGGAAGGGCAAGGUUAAGCUUAUUAGCAUUGAUAUCUUUUAUUGUCUGGACACCAAAAUAAAUGAAACUUUAUUUUGAA